AUGACUCUAACUCAUUAAAAAAUACCUAAAAUUAAAACAAUCGUAGAAGAUUAUUUUUUUAGUGAAUGCAAUAAAUUGCAUUAUAGUUUAUCAAAAAAUCUGUAUACGAACGUAGCUGAAAACUUUGUUAUAAAUUUUUACUUAUUUUUUGGAUAUGAUAUAAAUUAUUUAGAUAAAUUUACUUAGAGAUGGAUUUUAUGUAAUUCAAGUCUAAUAUUCAAUUUAUUUUAUUUUUAAGCUUCUUCAUUGAAAUAUGCAAAGAUAGAUGCUGCUACAUAUAUGCAACUAUAAUAAAUUUUAACUUUAGGAAGAUAAUAAGAAGAAUUAAUCACAGAUUUUUAGUAUUUAUUCUUGAAAUUUUCUUUUCUCAACUUUACCUCAUCAUAAAGCAAUUCUCUUUAAAGAACAUUAUUUUGGUUGUGGAUUACCUGGAUAGUAAAAUUAACCUAAAAUUUCCACCAUAUGAAUAAAAUCAUUCAGCUUAUCUAAAUUUUAAUAAUUUAAAAAAUAUAACAAAGGGUUACUUUAUAUCUAAAAAUGUUUAUAUCCAUAAAUAAAAGAAGAACUUAUUCACAUAUUUAGAAAAGCAAUUAUUAAUUAAUGUAAUUACAGACCUACUUACAAGAUAUUUAAAAUUUAUCAAAAUUAUUCAACGUUUUUUCCAAAAAUAUAGAAAGAUUGGUCCUUAAGUUAGAUUAAAUUAUUGAUUAUACAUAAAAACAAGAUUUAACUAAAUUUGUGUAUAUUAAUGGAUUUAAUUUGGUUUAUAGAAUUUCAACUUAAUUAAAUGUUACCAAACUAACCUUGGAAGACUUUAGACUACUAUAAUUAGUAUGA